CAUUCUUUCAAGAAAACUCUUUUAUUGUUUCUUGUUUUGAACUUUAAAUUUAUAAAGAAAAAUUUAAGAAAGAAAAAAAAACAAUUAUUAAGACCUUCAGUAUACACAACUCUAUACCUCCAAAUUUGCAUACAUUCAUAUAAAUUCUUGAACAACUUAUCACGUCCACAAGUUCUCAUUAGUUAACUUAGAAAAAUAAAAAAUAAUAUUAAGAAGAAUUUUAUUUUACAUCUUAAAUACUUAAAUAUACAUUCAUUAAUUAAAUAAAAUAAAUAAAUAUGUCAAGUAAUAAAAAAUUAGAUGAUUGUGCACACAAACGUUUAAUAAUACAAUUACAAAGAUAUCGAAAUUCUCAAAAAAAAAAAGAUAUCGAACAAACAAGCAGUUCUAGUGAUAAUGAUAAUGAUGGCUUGAAUAAUAACGAUCAUAAAAAUAAUAAUUUUUCGUCAACUAAAAAUCAAACAAUGACUAAAAAAAAUGAUUUAUCUCUUUGCGAUCAAGUGACCACAGAGGAUAUUAAAAAUUUAGUGUUGGCAUCUUAUCGUAGUUUGAGUAGGCAGGUUUCGAGUUUAAGUGAUCAACUUGAUGAUGUAUCCUCAAGAUUAAGUAUUUUAGAAUCAUCAGUGAAUAUAAAUAAUAAAGAAAUUGGAAAAGUUAAUGAAGAAAUUGUUGAGACAAAAAACAAGAAUGAAGAUAACGAUAAAGAUAAAGAUGAAAAUGACGAUAACUUAAUUAUUUUAGAAUCUGGAGAUGAGGAAUCUGAAAUUGAUACAUCAGUUCGAUUAAAAUUUCCUCUGAAAACAGAAAGAGAUUUUUAUAUAUUUAAUUCUAAAAUAUCUGGCGCUGGUUAUCGUAGAAAACUGAUUCAACGUUUAUCAUCUUUAGUUAAUAAAAAAAUAAGAAUGCCGUUGAACGUAGGAAAAAUAUUCCGUUAUUACCUGUCAAAAGAUCUUGCUUUGUGUUAUAAUACAAAAAUUUUAACACCAAAAAAAAAAGUUUUUAUAGAUACACUUUUUUAUAGUUGUAUUGCAGAGGUAUUAAAAAAUAAAUAUGGAAAAUCUAAACCACUUCUUGAUAGUCAAAUUCACGAUUCUAUAUCAGUUGUGUUAAAAAAUGUUUACAAGUGGGACAGACGUACUCUUCGUCGAUGAAAAAAAAUACUAAAAUGAUACCAAUAAGUAAAAGGCUGUUAGUUUAAAUAACAAGUAACUUUUUCAAUUUUUUUUUUUUUAUUAUAAAAUUCUUAGUAGAAUUUUUCAGUCUAUACAUUAAAUGCAAUCAUUGAUUAAAACUAGAAUUAAAUUUAAAGAUAUUUGUAUGUCUUUUGGAGAUAUUUUUUUUGAUAUUAUUGUACUCUGAUAAAUAAUGAAUUAACAUAUAAACAACUUACAUAUAUGUACAAAGAUAUAAUUUUUAUAAAAAAAUAAGUGAGAAAAAAAAAAUAAAUUAAUUGGUUGAUUGAAUGAUGAUGUGUUACAAUACAAUUUAAGAUUCGUCCCUAUCAAAUAAGCCGCAAAUGUGUUCCCAAGCUUGUCCAAUAGAUUAAAUGAUAAAUGAUCGGUAUAAAUUCUUUAGAAUAUAAAAUAAAAAUGAGAUAGAGAAGCUGCAGACGAGAGAUGCGGCAAUAAGAGAUAUGAUGCGAAGGUGUUUUAUUUAUAUAAAAAAUGGUAUAAGAUAUUAUGUAGUGACUGGGUGUAGUGCUAGAAUUUUAUUCACCUUUGAUACGUUAUAUUAUAACAUCUAUUCAAUAUAAUAAAAUAUAAAUAUAUAUGUAUAUACAUAUAUAUGGAUACGGCUUGACUGU